AUGCCUUCGUCGCCCUUCUACCUCGACAACCGCCCCUCGCCCGCAAACUGGGCGGCAGGCAACGACGCAUCACCCAGACAACGCCCCUCGCCGUCGACGUCGUCGUCCCUGGCCAAUGGCAAGCAAAGACGCGGCAGGCGCGGCGGCUCAGGCCACUCCACCCCUUACCAGUCACGCAGCGCCGCCCACAGCGACGACGACGGCAACGACAAUGACAACGACUACGACAACGACCACGACCUCGACAUGGAAACAAGCUUCGUCUUUGACGUGCAGGGCGACGCAGACCUCCACGAGGACCACGAGCAGCAUCGCCAGCAGCCGCAGCACCCCUCGACCUCGUCGUCCUCUCGCAACGCAUCCGACCCACACGAAACCGACAAGGCAGCGGCGACGGCCAACGACAGCCUCGUGCUGCCCGACCACGUCCAGAUCAUUCCAGACCUCCCACAGGGCCUGCGCGAAGAGCAGCGCCAGAGGGACGAGGCCGAGGACGACAUGGGCGACUACCAGCAGCUCGACCUCGACCCAGCCACCGCGGGACGGUACUACGCCGCAGAGGAAAUCGAGGAGAAGCGCAAGCUCGCAAAGUGUCCCGCCUGCGGCGAAGACGGUCACGAGCGCAAGAGAUGCCCGCAUCUCCUAUGCAUGGCGUGCGGCGCGCUCGACUCGCACUCGACGCGCGAGUGCCCGCUGAGUACUUGCUGCUUCCGCUGCGGCGGCCAGGGGCAUCGCAGCCACGACUGCCCCCAGCCCCGCUCCUACGGCGGUGGGCGCGGUGCGUCGCGCGAAUGCGUCAAGUGCGGCAGCUACCGCCACACGCUCGCCACCUGCCCUACCCACUGGCGCGUCUACGUCUUCAACGAUCGCGACACGUACGAGACCGAGCGCAGCCGCAAGGCGUACAAGCAGCAGCACGGCCACCGCAGUGCAACGAUAGCCUCCAGGGACGCCCACGAGCCCGACGAGGUCAGCGACGACGACGACAUCGACGACGACAUGCAGCGCGACGAAGGGGAAGAGCUGGAAGAGGGAGAGGUGGGCGCGAGCGACUGGGACCCGGCAACGCGCUGGUGCUACAACUGCACCUCGACCAGCCACUGGGGCGACGACUGCCCGACGCGGAGGGUCAACCCGACACGCACCAACGGCGAGCCCUCGGCGUUUUCCGAGUUUGUCUCGCGCUGGGGACCGUACGGCAGCCUCAUACCGCCGCCGCCCCCCGUGCACAGCGGCAGCGGCGGCUCGGCGCUGGAUCGCGCGCCGUCGACAUAUGCCUUUACCUUUCGCUCGGGCGUCGGCGGCUCGUCGGGCGCGGGUGGCAGGUUCGGCGGCGGCGAGGAUGAGACGACUUUUCAUUUCUCGGCUGCACCUCCGCCGUCGUCGCGCGGACGUCGCGACCCGCACGAAGAGCUUACUAGAAAGCAGAGGAAAAAGCUCGGCGGCGGCGGCGGCGGUGGCGGUGGAGGCGGUGGCUCGCUGCUGGACCGCUUCAGCAACGCGCCCAUGACGCCCGGCGGCGACCGCAGCCGGUACAAGAAGAAGGGCUCGUCGACGAAGAAGGACAAGAAGGCGAGCGGGAGCGGCAGCAGCGGGAGCGGCGGCAGCGGCAGCAAGGCCAAGUCGAAGAAGAGAAAGUCGGAACCGGAAAGCGGCGAGGCCAAGAAGGCCAGGAAGGCGGCUAAAAAGGAGGCCAAGAAGGAGAAGAAGGAGAGCAGUGGCGGCAGCGCCAGUGGCAGCGGAAAGACGAGAUCGAGCGACAAGGAGUCGAACAAGAAAAAGUCCAAGAAGGGCGCCAGCAGCGGCGGCGGUGGCGGCGGCGGCGGCGGGUCGACGUCGGAAAAGAAGGCGAGGACCAAGGUGGAGAACAAGUCCAUGUACCGCGGCGGCUACGACUGA